GUGAUCGCGCCUCAGUCGCUUACUGCCUUGACGUUGGUGUGUUUUUGUUACGUUUUACUGUGUUCAUCGUGUAUCGUUAUCAUUUUUGUUUCCUUUAAGAACAUGCCUCGUGUACCGUUAUUAUCGUUACUUCUCUUUUUUUCUAUUAUUUCUAUAAAUCUCGCUGGACUUGCGAAAAGAACAUUAUAUUUCGAGGAACGAUGCAAAAAUCAAAAUUGGACUACGAUGUAUCUGAGAGCAGACGGUUCGAACGAUACGUUACAUUAUCUUUGGGAUUUUGGCGGUAAACCAUCGAUACUAAUGGCGCUGACGUCGCUCUCGGCGACAUUAAAUAUUACUUGCGAAGAUUUUCUUCAGAGAAAAAUGAACUCCGUCGUAUUUUCGGAAAAUCCAAAUUACACGGUUGGAUUUAUAUUAAAUAAGAUUAUCGAAUUCAACGAUGUAAAUGAUACGGCAAUGAUUAAUUUAGACAACGUCGCUAAUAUAAACUUUUUAAUGCCAGAAUUCUUUCGUUGGUCGCGCAAAUCCUUUUCGAUGUUCGGUGAUUCCUUCGGUUUGGAUAUGGAGGGUAACUCUUAUAAAGAUACAGCUAUGAAUAUCACCAGAUACGGGAGUAUAAAACUUUCGUUAAGAGGAUAUUACUUUAUGGAUCAUACCGACACAACACCGCACAUGUUGCAUACUGAAAAUGCGAUGCUGGUAGAUUUAAUUUUGGACAAUAUACAAACGAACGAGACUUUCUCCAGUAGCAGAUUCGCUAUCGAAUUAAUAAUCGUUGGGGGUGGUAAUCCUGAUAAAAUGGUAAUCAUCGAUCCUAAAAAGAAUUUGGACGACGAACAUACACCGGGUAUAUUCGAGAUGAUCGAAGUAAGGAUACCGUCCUUCGAUAAGACCGAUGAAAUAGGAAAUAAUGGUGCAUAUUUACAAUGGAGACCAGUGUCUUAUGGAUCAGAAAAGCGAGAUAUCGCUGGUUCAACGGAAAUCGUACAGUAUCGACCAUCGAAAGUAAAUCAUCAUGCGAUCGAGAACUCUAUGCUUUAUUGUUACUACGGAAGGGAAUCUAAAGAUAUUCUAGUUCAAACGCUCCUGAUCUCGAUCGGAUCAAAAGGAGAUGGAUUUUAUAAAAAUACUCAUUACACAACGUGGACUUUCAUUAUUGGAUACGGCAUACCGCCAGACGAGCAGUUUUCUUAUUUGGUGAUCAUGAUCAUCUCGAUCGGACUUGGUCUUCCUCUUAUCAUUAUGUUCUUAGCUGGAUUGUAUAUGUGUAUUCGUAACAUGUCCAAGCGAAACACUAACACUUAUUUAAAUCGAUGAGCAAAUAAUAAGGUCAGCCAGAAAUCAGGCCAUCUAGACUAAACAUGACGGAUGUACAUAUACAUAUAGACGUAUCAUGUGUAUUGGUACAUAUAUGUACGUGCAUAUAUGCGUAUAUAUAGUUAUAAGGAUUUCUAACUGUACCACCGAUGAACAACCGAAGCCGAGAUUUCUCUCUGCAAUUAUGCACACUAGUACACGAACGAACAAGUUUAUAUGGAUAUUUUUACACGAGCGCGUAGUUGCACGGCCGAGUGAGAGAGAGAGAGAGAGAGAGAGAGAGAGAGAGAGAGAGAGAGAGAGAGAGAGAGAGAGAGAGGCAUCGAUUUAACGCGAGGAGACUUUACGCGUCUCUUCUAUAUUGUUCCACGCACGAGAUUAAUAUUUUUUUUCUUCUUUUCUCUUCCUUUUCUUUUCUUUUCUUUUUUUUUAUUAAUAAAUUUGUCGACAGAAGAAUCAUGUAUAUAUUCAGUCGCAUAUGACGUAGUACGAACGUUUGCUAGACAAGUAUGGUUUUUAUACCUUUGACAGAAAUUUCGUACGAAGUUCUUCCUUCCUUGAGAACUCGAUUGAGAAAAAGUUGAAAAGAAAAAAAAAAUAAAUAAACAAAAAAGCAAAAAAAAAAAAAAGAAAUACGAGUAAAAAAUCGUAAAGAUAUAUGAAUCGUCCUUAUUUCGUUGGAUCUAGGGUAUAAUAGCACAAAACCAUCGAUUCGUCACCAAGAUGUCGCCGCACAGGACAAGAGAGAAUAAAAGCAAGCUGUAUCCUA